AUGACACACCUCAACUUCGUCACGCUAGAUGUCUUCACAUCCUCCCCAUACAAGGGCAACCCACUGGCCGUAGUCUUCCUCCCGGAAGACCCAGCCCAAGCCUUGAACCAACGCCAAAAACAAAUCCUAGCAUCCGAAUUCAACCUCUCAGAAAGCAUCUUCGUGCACCCCGUGACCGAAAGCACGACAAGAACCAUCGACAUCUUCACGACAGACUGCGAGAUUCCCUUCGCAGGCCACCCGACCAUCGGCGCCGCAUCCUGGUUCCUCACCCACUCGCCCAACCCAGCCGAUGGACCCGGCGUCACCACUCUAACCACCAAAUCCGGCAACAUUCCCAUCUCUGUCCAGGAUGCCGCGAGCAAGUAUGUCGCUGCGCAGAUUGCGCAUAAUACGCACAUCCACAGUGCCCGGUUCCCUGUCCAGGAACUAUUGCGCUUGCAUCCUACUCUGGCGCCGUUCUUCCCCAAGGAUGAUGUGACGUUCCCCUUGUUUUCUGUUGUCAAGGGGAUGAGUCAGUUGUUUAUUGAGUUGGAGACUUUGGAGGCUUUGGCUGCUGUUACGCCUGCAACUGGGGGCGAGUUUGUUUCUUCUACUCGGUAUCUUGAUGAGGGGUGGCAGGUUGGGCUGGUUUGUGUGUAUUUCAUUGUUAGAGGGGUCUGGGAUGAUGUUCUUGGGAAGGAGGUUGUCAGGGCGAGAAUGAUGUUGGGCAAUUUGGAGGAUCCUGCUACUGGGAGCUCUGCUAGUGGAUUGGCUGCUUAUUUGAGUCUUACGGAGGGAAAGCCUGGACAGAAUCUGGAUUAUCAUGUUGUGCAGGGUGUUGAGAUGGGACGGAGGAGUGAUAUUGGUGUUGGGGUUUCUCUUGAUGCGGAGAAGAAGAUUGAGAAGGUUAUUCUGACUGGAACUGCUGUGAGUGUCUCCGAGGGCAAGGUGUUGGUUCCCCAGGCUUGA